CGUGGCCGCGGGGCGCGGCGCGGGAGUCCGGAGCGCGUCCGGGGGGCGCGUCCCCGCCGGCCCGGCCCUCGCUUUGGGUCGCGUCGAGGCUGGCUAUGGUGUCCCACACCUAAUCCCAGCCCUUGAAGGCAGAGGCCGGUAGAUCUCCAAGCUUGAGGCCUGCCUAUUCUACAUAUUGAAUUCCAGGCCUGUUUGGGCUGUCUCAGAACAGCAACAGCAGCAACAACAAGACUGACUACAUUGCAUAGAUGAUGGAUGUUUGCUUAUGGUGGAGACAGCCAUCCAGAAUGGUGGAUAACAGAAGGACGAAGAUGAGUCCUAACUUCCGAUGGCUCCUAUCAGUACUUACUCUUCUACACCUGAUAAUGCAAAUAAAUAGUCAGAAGAGGGGGGUACUUCGAGAUUUGAAAUGUACAACUAACAAUUUACAAGUGUGGGACUGUGCUUGGAAAGCACCCCUUGGAGCCAGCCAUGGAACUGUUAAUGAAGUUUGCAUUGAAGACAGAUUCCAUUCAUGCCAUCGAUUAGAGAAAACAAACAUUAAAAUUCCAGCUCUUUCACCUGGUGAUCAUGAAGUAACAAUAAAUUAUCUACAUGGUUUUGAAAGUUCUCCAAGUAAAUUCAUACUAAAUGAAAAAAAUGUUUCCUUGAUUCCAGACCCUCCUGAGAUCUUGAAUCUGUCUGCUGACUUCCCGACCUCCACAUUACACCUGAAGUGGAAUGACAAGGGUUCUGCUUUCCCACCCCACUCAGAUGCCGUCUGGGAAAUUAAAGUUCUACGGAAGCCGAGUAUGGAGCUUGUAAAAUUAAUGUCGUUCAACACAACUCUGAGUGGUAAAGAUAUAGUUCACCACUGGAACUGGACAUCAGACCUGCCCUUGGAGUGUGCCACUCACUAUGUGGGGAUUAGAAGGUACAUCGACUGUCAUCAUUUCUCUGGUCGUAAAGAGUGGAGUGACUGGAGCCUCCUGAAGAACAUUUCCUGGACUCCAAAUUCUGAGACCAAGGCUUUUCCUCAAGAUAAAGUAAUACUUGUAGGCUCAAACAUAACAUUUUGUUGUGUGAGUCAAACCAAAGUGCUGUCGGGACAGAUUGGCAAAACAUUUUGUCCUCUUAUCCAUCUUCAUGGGGAAAGUGUUGCGAUCCACAUCCAAAAUAUUUCGGUUUCUGAAAAUAGUGGAACAAAUGUGGUUUUCACAACAGAAGAUAAUGUGUAUGGAACAGUUGUCUUUGCAGGAUAUCCACCUGAUGUUCCUCAGAAACUGAAUUGUGAGACACAUGAUUUAAAAGAGAUUAUAUGUAGUUGGAAUCCAGGAAAGCCAACAGGAUUGGUGGGCCCACGAAAUACAAAUUACACUUUGUUUGAAAGUUUUUCAGGAAAAUAUGUUAUAUUUGAAAGAUUUGAAACACUUACAAAUGAGAGCUAUCAGUUACUCUUCCAAAUGCUUCCAAAUCAAGAAAUCCACAACUUCACUCUGACUGGUCGCAAUCCACUCGGACAAGCAGAGUCAACAAUAUUAGUCAACAUAACUGAAAGAGUUUCUCCUCGUACUCCAACUUCAUUGAAAGUAAAGGACAUUAACUCAACAGUUGUUACACUUUCUUGGCAUUUACCAGGAAACUUUGCAAAGAUCAAUCUUUUAUGUCAAAUUGAAAUUUAUAAAGAUAAUUCAAAACAAGAAUUGCGGAAUGUGGCAAUCAAAGGAGUUGAAGAUUCAAGUUACAUUGUUGCUGUGGACAAAUUAAAUCCAUACACUAUAUAUACUUUUCGGAUUCGUUGUUCUACUGAAACUUUCUGGAAAUGGAGCAAGUGGAGCAAUGAAAAACAACAUUUAACUGUUGAAGCCAUUCCUUCAAAGGCCCCAGACACUUGGAGAGAGUGGAGUUCUGAUGGAAAAAAUUUAAUAAUCUUUUGGAAGCCUUUACCCAUUAGUGAAGCUAAUGGAAAAAUCCUUUCCUAUAAUGUAUCAUGUUCAUCACAUGAGGAAACACAGUCCCUUUCUGAGAUCCUUGAUCCACAACACAAAGCAGAAAUACAACUUGAUAAAAAUGACUACAUCAUCAGCGUGGUGGCAAAAAAUUCUGUUGGCUCAUCACCACCUUCUAAAAUAGCUAGUAUGGAAAUCCCAAAUGAUGACCUCAAAGUGGAGCAAGCUGUUGGAACAGGGAAGAGAAUUCUCCUCACCUGGCAUCACGACCCCAACAUGACUUGUGACUAUGUAAUUAAAUGGUGUAACUCAUCUCGGUCUGAACCCUGCCUCAUGGACUGGAAAAAAGUUCCUUCAAACAGCACUGAGACUGUAAUAGAAUCUGAUCAAUUUCAGCCAGGAGUAAGAUACAAUUUUUUCCUGUAUGGAUGUAGAAAUCAAGGAUAUCAAUUAUUACGUUCUAUUAUUGGAUAUAUUGAAGAAUUAGCUCCUAUUGUUGCCCCAAAUUUCACUGUUGAAGAUACAUCCGCAGAUUCGAUAUUAGUGAAAUGGGAAGAUAUCCCUGUGGAAGAGCUUCGAGGCUUUUUAAGAGGAUAUUUAUUUUACUUUCAGAAAGGAGAGAGAGAUAUGCCUAAGAUGAGGAGCUUGGAAUCAGGUCAUUCUGACAUCAAGAUAAAGAAUAUUACUGACAUAUCCCAGAAGACCCUGAGAAUCGCUGAUCUUCAAGGUAAAACAAGUUACCAUCUGGUACUGCGAGCCUAUACAGACGGUGGACUGGGCCCAGAGAAGAGCAUGUUUGUGGUGACAAAGGAAAACUCUGUAGGAUUAAUUAUUGCCAUCCUCAUCCCUGUGGCUGUGGCUGUCAUGGUUGGAGUGGUGACAAGUGUCCUUUGCUAUCGGAAGCGAGAAUGGAUUAAAGAAACUUUCUACCCUGAUAUUCCAAAUCCAGAGAAUUGUAAAGCGCUGCAGUUUCAGAAAAGUAUCUGUGAGGGAAGCAAUGCUCUUAAAACAUUGGAAAUGAAUCCUUGUACCCCAAAUAAUGUUGAAGUUUUGGAAAGUCGAUCGAUAGUUCCUAAAAUAGAAGAUACAGAAAUAAUUUCUCCAGUAGCUGAGUGUCCUGAGGAAAGUGAGGCAGACCCUGAAAACCAUGUGGUUGUGUCUUACUGCCCACCAAUCAUCGAGGAAGAACUAGCAAAUCCUGCAGCAGAUGAAGCAGGAGGGACGUCCCAGGUUGUGUACAUUGACAUUCAGUCCAUGUACCAACCUCAGGCCAAACCAGAGGAGGAGGCAGAUAUUGAACCCGUGGUGGUGGCGGCGGUGGCAGGCUAUAAGCCCCAAAUGCGCCUCCCCAUUAACUCUGCUGUAGAAGAGACAGCUGCAGAAGAUGACACAGAUAAGACUGCAGGUUACAGGCCUCAGGUCAAUGUAAAUACUUGGAAUUUGGUCUCUCCAGACUCCCCAAGGUCCACAGACAGCAACAGUGAAGUAGUCUCUUUUGGAAGUCCGUGCUCCAUCAAUUCCCGACAAUUUUUGAUUCCUCCUAAAGAUGAGGACUCUCCUAAAUCUAGUGGAGGAGGAUGGUCCUUUACAAACUUUUUCCAGAACAAACCUAAUGAUUAGCCAGGUCACCCUCUCUGCCACUUCAGUCUGCAUCUCAAUAAGCUCUCACUGCUGGUGGUACAGCAGUUGCCGCAUUCCUGGAGGGACCUUGGAAGUGUUGAGAGCCAGGGACCUUCACUCCGGGCAAGUGCUGAUGCGCUUUCAAUGUAGCCUAAAACCAAAGCACGGCGACCCAGAACCCUCACCACAAAGACUCAAGGUUUGGAGCUGUUGGUGAUUGAGCCAAAGAAUUCUUCCAGAAGCAUUUCAAGACUAACUCUGUCUAGUACAUACAUGUAAAACAAAUCCUGCAACUGUUGUCUGUUGUUAAUGGUUUUCUCCUCUGUAUAUGUUAUGGAAUUGGAAGUGGAUUUACAGGCAAGGGAGAGAAAUGUCAAAGUCAAAAUAAUGUUUAUUUGCCUGACAUUUACUGCAGUCUAGAGGAAAACCAAACACAGAUUUUAAAACUUUAAAGAUGUCUCUAUCCACAGCAUUUACAAGUGUUAAUGUAAUUAUUAAUGUAGCAACAGCUGUUUAGUGUUCUGUUUGAUAAAGUGUGCUGAUUUCAGUGCCUACUGUAAUGGUUAUCAAACAGUUGUCUCAGGGGUGCAAACUUGGAAAAAAAAAUGUGUGACACUGAGCAGCCCAGAUCAGAAUCAUGUUUUCUUGCUUUGGUGGGUUUCCAGCCUCUCCACCCAUCAGCUUUCUCCUAUUAGUGCAGCUCGUUACCCUGAUAGUUGAAGUUUCCAGGACCAAUACAUCCAAAUUUUCUCUUGAAAUUCACUUUGUGUUACAGGGUCAGCUUUAUCAAGCAAAUUCAACAUUAUUCACAAACAUAAUUGUAAUGAGCUACCAUGUAAGAUGUCUACUUGUAGUAUCGAUGACAUUCACUGGCAGCUCUGAUUAGUUCAGUUUUCCCUGAGGAGGCAUGCCAUUAAGCCUGGCCACCAGCUGCUGAUGAUCUCUGGGGCCUCCAACAGCUUUUCUCCUGCUCAUGGGUCAUAGCCUUUCUUCCCUCAGGUGAUCAGUGGUCCAGACUAUCAGAUGCAGCCCUCAAUCCAGAAACAGAUGACUGAAGUGAGAUUGCUUCUUCCAGGAGCAGAUACUGAAGGGCAAUUUCAUAAGUAGAGGUUAUAAAACCCAUGAACAUGGUGGGUGCUGGGUGUCAGUUGCUGUAUGAGCCACGUAGAGCUGAGUCCCGAGCACAGCACCCUCUAUCUGCCUUGGUUUCUCGUUAGUCAUGUGUGCAGUGAAUCUGUGGUUCUUAGAAAAGCAGAGUGAAAAACUAAAAAGUAUGUCAUGUCUCAUUCCUGCCCUUGAAUUGUCAAAGUACUUGGAAAUUUGAGACCUCUAAGUAAGAGAGGCUUGCUUGUAUCAUCCGAAGCUCUGAGAUAGGUUUAAAAUAAUGGUGGUUCAGUCUUUUUAGUUCAUAUUUUAUCUUUAAAGAGAAUUAUGUUGUGGAAGCUGGAGAGAUGGCCCAGCAGUUAAGAGCAGUGGCUACUCUUGAAGAGGGCCCAAGUUUGGUUUCCAGCACCCACAUGGUGGCUAACAACCAUCCUUAACACCAGUUCCGGGAGAUCCGACACCCUCCUCUGGCCUCUGGACAUUGCAUACACAUGAUACACUUACAUACUGUAGGCAAAACACUCAUCCACAUAAAGUACUUAAAAAAUGUAUGUUGUGGAAGAAAAUCACAGAGUGACAAGGGACAAAAAUAUCUGAUAAGCACUCAGUGUAUGAUCCUGAUUUUAACUGCCACUAUUCAACUACAUUUCAGAGCUUCAUGAUAUUGCAUAUGGAUAUGUAGAAUGAAUUAAAAUUAAUUAUGCACAUGUAUAGUAUCUUAAAGUCAUAGAGUAGCUAUUAGAAAAUUUCAGUAAUGAAAAGUACUCCAAACCAGAGCAAUGUCCAGAGUUUUCUCUCAUUUUUCUUUGUUCCCUCUUUGACUGCUUCUUUAAAAGACCUGGCCACUCUGUCCAUGAGCUGCCUCCCCUCUCUGCAUAGCUUGCCUUUGCUGUGCUCUGCUUGCCCUCAGCUAAUGCCUUGUUCCCCAUUGAAGUUUAUCAGUCCCAAAUUCCAUCUCUUUAGACCGAGUGUCGACUAAAGUGAUAACAUCAUUCUGAAGUUCAUUAACCUGGUAACACAAGUAAAGGUUAGAAGAAAUGGGUUGGUUCUGUCAUCAAAAUAUGUCCCUUUCACCUGGGUCUCUGGAGUGCAGGACUUCGCUGUCUGAAGAGUUCAUCUGUCCUUGCCUCUGGAGUUCCAUGCCCAAAGACCACUGGCUUAGUAAGAGGCAGAGUAUCCCUGGAUUAGUUUAGCAGCACCACACCCCUGUGCAGUGUUUUUACCUCUCCAGCCCUCCUUAGUUUGUGUGUGCAGGGAAAGCCUCAGCAGAGAGGACAGGCAUGGGGCGGAAGAGAGUACCUUUGCCAACUGUCCCAUUCUUUGGGACACUGCUGAAUGUAUACUGUUGCAUCAGUGCAGGUACUGUGGUCAUGUGUGCAAGGUGGUCUGAGAGUGGACAUGCACUGGAGUCAGGGAGGGUUAAGGACCAGGGAGAGGAGGCUCAAUAUGUUCCCAGCCCUUCUUGACUGGUGAAAAGAAGGGAAAUUUUUCUUAAGGAAAACCCAGUCAUUGGCCAGAAAGUUACAGAGGUCUCAAUUAGAAUUAGGUUCCAUUCUAUCCAACAGAACUGUAGACAGGACAUAAUUAUAAGCCCGUUUCACUCACUCACACGUUCCUUGUGAGCAAUGGAGAUUCUGGGGGGCUGGGGGAAUCAAUAUAACAUUUGUGGCUAUUUUAAAUAAUACUUCAUUUUAAAAUAUUCUUAAAUGCUUAAUUAGGCUUUUGACAUUAAAGCUGUGAGUUUUGUACUUUUUGUACCUUUGAAUAUGAAUUAGUACACAUGUACACUCUGAGUCAUCCCAUUUGUUGAACCUGCAGUCUCCUGGCUUUGAGACAAGACGGUGGCCCUGCAUAUCUGGAUAAUCAAGUUGUGUGGUUCUGUGCUGUGUGAUAGAGGUGCUUUGUUCCUGCAGCUGGCAACAGAAGCAGCCAUUCAUCCACAAGCUCAAGGGAGGAAGCAUUGGCCUCAUUUUCCGUACCAGCCUUGCUUUCACAGCUAUGGAUCUGAAGGAUUGCAUUUAGAACAUGUAGUACCGAGGCACCGAGCAGUGAUAAUAGAAAUUUGCGUUCUCAAGGCUUCAUGCACACUGAAUUCUUAGUGAAAUUACGCCUGUCGUUUCUUCAUUGCUUUCAUACUGUCUGUAUUUAACAAAUAUUACAAUCCUUUCUGUUUGGAUAAGUAAGUGUAAUUUAGGGAAAGAAGCUUAAGAAUGUUUUCUUCCAAAGGGAAUUUGAAAUCAGCUUCAUGGUAUUUUGAAAUGAAAGUACCCCUGAAUAUGUCAAUAUGCAGAAAGUAUUAUUAUCUUAAAGUUUUCUACUGCUUGGGCACUUAAUAUGAUGAAACUUUUGUUUGUUUGCACUAAGGUAAUUUCUGGUGUUUUCUGUCUCAAACUGUGUUAAAAUUUGUGAAAUGCCUUUUAUUUUUUUCUCAUUUUGAAAGUGUCAUAUCAGGCAUCUCAAGUGAAAUAUGGGGGGAAUGAUUAGCUGCUAAUGCCAGGCACAGAUGGAAGUUCUGUGGCCGACUGUAUUGUUGGAGUCCCAGAGUGUUGCAAAUUCAGUGGAACUGUCUUGAAGGUGGUAAAGAUCCAGAUCAGCUCGCAUAGAAAUGAUUGGUUCAAAGAUCUGAAUCUGCUGUAGAAGCUGCCCCACAGUUUGAAGAACUCUUACAUAGAUACCCUUUGUAGUUUUAGCUAAGUGGAGUUUGCUUUUAGCUAAUGGAUGGGUACUCAAUUUUGAAACAUGUUUGUAUCAGUCCAGUAGAUGUUAUGACAAACAAUGUGUGAAUUUAAUUAAGAACUCAUUCUCUGUAUAAGAUAUUUUUUCAAGACAUUUCUUUUAAACUGCUGUUUUCUGCCAAAACAGUUUUGUAAUAUCAUAUCCGCCUUAUCUAUUGUAUUCAGAAGUAAAAAAAAAAAAAAUUAGAGAACAUAAAACUUGUGGCCAGACUUACAGGACAUUGCUCUUUUAGGUAGAACCCUAGAAUAUCAUUGGAAAUCACUUGGCUUGAAUUUGGCUUAUCUGUUUUCAUGGAUUAUGUACCAGGGCUAUUAAUAAUAUUUAAGCCUCUUAUUCUACAGGGUUGUUAGUGCUUUUAUCUUUUCAAUUAGUGCUUGUGUCUUAACCCUUGCAUGAUCAUGUUCAUGCUAAUUAUAAUGCAGAUGGAUUAUUUCUAAAUGCCAGCAUGAAAGACUGAGAACAGCACUCAUUCAGCUGAUUAGUGUUAGGUAUGUUGCAUCUUACAGAAUUUCAGAGGUUGUCAUUGGUCUAGAAUUAUGAUGGAAUUCCAUUAUUUUAAACCAGAAUAGUGCUUGUUUCUCCCUUUGUCAUGAAUGAUAAUUUUUGGAAUUAUGUGUCUAAAGUAUAAAUAGAAAUUACUUAGGCCAAAUUCUAGCUGCGCUACACUUUUACAUAGGUAAACUAUAAUGGAUUUCACAUUAACCAAAUACAAAUCCAUGAUAGUAUAUUAUUUUUUGAUUGUUGGAACUGAAUAACCUAAAUUUUUUUUUAACUACUAAUGAGAAAUAAGGAAAUUGAUUGUUGUUGUACUCAAAUACAUCUUAAAGGUCACCUAUGUAGUGUCCAGUCAGCACUUAAGAAACAAACUACAAAUAGACUUGCUGUAAAGCCUGAAAUAUUUCAUAUGACUGAUUGACUGGCUCAUUUAAGUUUAUUGUGUUUACAUUUAAAAUGUACUCUCAUUUUUAAAUUCCUUUGUAAAUGGGUGAUUUUCCAGAUAUUCCAUUAAUAUACUAUCAAAAAUCAAAAGAUUUCUAGGUGAUAGUACAAUUUUCACUAAGUCAUGACCAAGCUAGCAUUUUUUUUUUUCAAGAGAUCAUUAGAAAAAAAAUACUGAAUAAUGGUUUCCAUGAAUUUGGUUUCAAAUGAUAUUCCCCAGUUUGGUCCAAAUGCUUUCUACCCAUUUACUUUCUAAUAGAUCAGCCAUAAGCAUCUAGCUCCUUCUGCUGAAUUUUCCUUCCAGUAUAAUAUUUAGGAAAAAGCUGACUAGCAUAGUGAAAAGCUGAAGAUUGGACAUGGUCAGUUCAUUGCAGAGGAGGGGUAGGCAGACCUGAUACCCUGGGGCAUGACUUAUUCUCCAAUACAUUUCCAUGUAUUAAAAGAUUGUUGAUUUAAAAGAUUGCUCUGGAAUAGAAAAAUAGACAUCCUAAAUUUGAGAUGGUACCACUUUACUGGCAUGUCCCCAAAGGUAAAAUAAACCUUUUAAAAAUAUUCAGUGUUUUCUAAUGAAAUUUUCACUUUGACCAUUUCCUUCAUUAGCUGGCCAUAAGUCAGCAUUCUUAUAACACUAAAAUAUUACCAGUUUUUACUUUCAAAUUUGCAUUACAGUGCAUUACUGUUUACAAAAUACACAUACUGUGAACAGAUCUGUUUUUGUCUUUUGUAAAGUUUGUAGGAUGAAUGUUUUUUUUAAAGGUGGUAUUAUGUUAAAUAUUUUUAGGUUUUUAUAAAUACUAGCAACUGCUUACUAACUUUUGUUUGGUCAGGUGUGUGUAAAUGUAGCUGAAAGAAGAGAGAAAGUGCAGCUCCAAAAUUGUUCCCUCGUCCAUUUCUUAUAAAGUUACCACUACAGACAGUUUUGUGUUAACACAAAUGAUCAGUUGUGAUGUGCUAUACCUAAAACCAUGUUUCAUCAUACAAGGAACCUUUUAAGUAUGCAUAUGUAGGAAACACUAGAUUGAUGUACGUUUGUGUGAUUCACUGACUUACAGAAUUCUGUGUUUAGUAUGGAAUAAAACAACUCCACUUACAGAGAUGACAACUCUAAUAUUUCCUGCCUUGUGAAAAAUUGGAUAGUAUGGGAAAUUUAAACAUUUUGUGUCAUAAUUUCAGAAUUUGGUUUCCAUAUCCUUUCGAACACAUGGUUAUCACAAAAACAUAGAAUAUAAGUAACCUAUUACCAUGACAUCUUAAAUAUAAAACUAGUAUGCUUGGCUGUUAACUCUAUAAAGAUGUUACUUAUGUCUGUUUUUAAAACAUGCAUGUAUUUAACAAUUUUAUCAUUGUAUUGUCAUGGAAAAAAUAAAUAUAUUUUCUUACAUCUUA